AAAACAAACUCAUAUUCAAAAACACACACGCACACCCUUCUCGUCUCUUGUCGUUCCGAAAGGAGAAAAUGAGAAACCGGUGAAGCUUCACCGAUCAACGCAUCUCAAAUACGCAAUCCAAUUUAUUUCCCGAGUUACCUUCUCCUGGCCGAUGGCUGUGUAAGCAGCAGUCUCGUUCAAGCUUCCUCCUAAGACUCUAGUAGUGUACAUCUUGCUGGAAUAUAGCACAAGUAUUGGUUGAUAAUGGAGGCAACAGUGAAAAAGUUUCAGCAGAAACUUAAAAGGGUAAAAGAUGACAUGGAUCGAUGGGAACACCUCCAUGCUCGAUUAGUGUCACAGUUCAGAAAUGCUUCUUCCAUCAUUGGAAGGUUACAGUUGCUCCAAAAUCCCAAAAACUACGGUUCCCUAAAAAACCUUGAUCAUAUUAAAAUCUCCAUCUUCACAAAACAGACGGAUUCCUUGCAGAAAAUCAUGCUUUCAAUGACUAAAACUCUGGAGGAAUUAAAUGGUGUUGUUUUGUUUCUUGCAAAAACUAUUUGUGAUGCUAAACAGCAAGUGAAAGGCGGAUCAGUGAAACAAUUACAUCUCAGGAUUGGUGUAAAACCAAGUAUUGCAGACUGUUUGGAAGGCCUUCAAAUUCUUCAAGAGAUGUAUCAAUCUGAGUACCGGCUUAAAUCAUUGGUGAUGUCAGCAAUUGCUAGCCUUGCCUUGAAUCCAAGUGUUGAUGAUUUACAAGCUCUUGAACGGAUUUUAGUAGAUCAACCAAAUAUCCUGAAAGAAGAAGUGCAAUCCAUAUAUGACGUCAUAUUUGCUGAAGAAAUUUGUUGAUGAGGGAGAAUCAAGAAUGUAAAACUAAGGUUUAGGUUUAAUGUGUUUUAAUUGUGAUAAUUCUUUUUUUCUUAUAGUUAUAAUGGUAAGGUUUUUCAAGAAGCAAGGAGAACCUAUUUUUUCUACUAAUUUUGUUGAAACAACACAGAACAAUACUUGGUGGUAGUAAGUGAC